AUGCUCCAGUUGAUGGUCAAUGCAGAGUACGAACAGCAACAGCAACCGACUGCAAACGGAACAGCAGCAGCAGCUAAAGAAGAGGAGGAGAUCUACGCCAAGGAGGACCUUCUUGAGGCUCAUCACGUUAAUGUUGGAACCGAGGAGAUGGAGACUGAGAAGAAACUUUUCAAAAACAUUAUCGGCACCAAACGUUUGAGCGAAGACGAAAUAUUAGCGCAAGCUAUUGUAUUUUUCUUGGCAGGAUAUGAGACAACUGCAAAUGCUCUCUCAUCAAUUCUCUACGAGCUGGCCGUUAACCCGGACAUUCAACAACGACUGUACGAGGAGAUUCAAGAGGCAAAAGCAAAAGACAGUAGUUUGAGCUAUCAAACAGUGCAAAGCCUUCCUUACCUAGACGCUGUCAUCUCAGAGGGUUUGCGAAUGUACCCGCCGGCAAUGUCAGUCGGUCGAGAGUGCAAUGCCGAGGAAGGUUAUCACAUUCCGGAGAUUAACUUUACACUUAAAAAGGGUGAAUCAGUGACUUUCCCUGUGGUUGCUAUUCACCAUUUAGAAGAGUACUGGAAGCAGCCUGAAGUUUUNGAGGAAGGUUAUCACAUUCCGGAGAUUAACUUUACACUUAAAAAGGGUGAAUCAGUGACUUUCCCUGUGGUUGCUAUUCACCAUUUAGAAGAGUACUGGAAGCAGCCUGAAGUUUUCAAUCCUGACCGUUUUUUGCCAGAGAAUCGCCAUCUUUUGACGCCGUACACUUAUCUUCCCUUCGGCGGAGGGCCGCGCAGCUGUAUUGGUAUGCGAUUCGCCCUUACUGAAGCAAAAUUAGGAUUGGCCAAUAUUAUUGAUAGUUACCAAAUUACACAGACGCCCAAAACGCCUAAAAAACUAAAGAUUAUUCUCUCCUUUCCACUGCUUAAAACGGAACCAAUUUACAUUGGCGUCAAAAAAAG